ACGCUUCACUCCAGGCCCCGCCCCUCGCGGUUCGGCGUACACUACUAUCAAAACUGUAAGCACUGGUAAGUAGCGAGUAUUGACCCCUGAAAUCUCUACCACGAUUCAGGAUCACCGACUCACGAAGCUAUGUCUAUGAAUCGCUCUUCCUCCGUGACCUCCAUCUCUCUGCUUGAGAUUAAAGCUGAGAGUCGUCUUGUUCUCCAAGCUUUCCUCCAUCGAACACUGUCUGUCCCAUUUCUGGAGCGGCCAGGCAGAGUAGGAGGUGCUUACAAGGAUGACAACAAGUACAGUGCUAUCGUCAAUCCAGAACCAAAAGUAAAAGACGGAUGGGAUUCUCAAGCAGAAGAUCAAUGCGCAGGAGACGAGAAGAAGGGAUUUAAGGACUUCCUAAAGCAGCUGCCUCGGCGCAAUACUGUGCGCACUUCUGCAAAAGAUGGGAAAGGUUCUUUUGAAAAGGACAGCAAGCCCAUACCACCAAACAUCAAAGAGCUAUCAGAGGAAGAUCUUUUGUCUCCUUCCUCGACAUCUGAAGAGGAUGACAGUGACAGGAAACAGAGCAAGAAAUUGGACAAAAAGAAGAUCAAAAAGAGCAUUUCCAAAAUGUUCAAGCUUAAGAGUAAGGAAAGUUGGGAGAAAGAGAGGGAGAAGAAGAAAGAGAAACCUGUAUCUCAACCUCAGAGGCCUUCCACAUUGCCAUUUGACAAAACCACUGAGCCAGAACCAAGCCUUGUUUCUCCAAAUCAUCCUCCUGCGUUCUAUCAUGAAGUGGCAGAGAAGUUGGAAAAAAUUGCCCAGAGGUCUGCCAGUACAAAGAGGCUGAGCCCCACUCCACCGCAGGCUCCCUCAGUUACGGAUGACAAAGAGCAAGUGGUGAAGCAGCUUGUUCAAGUGCUGUCUGCCGAGGCAGAUUCUAUCAACAAUAAGAUCGAAAUGGACCCAUUUCUGCGCUCCAGUUUGUCUCGCCUAUCAUACACGUCUUAUGUCAGGCUUCUUGACACUGUCAGCAGCACUCAGUUAUCGCAAGUUCCACUCCUCCUGCCGACUGCGAGCCCAACGUUACGCCGCAUGGCCGUCACCAUGGAGGUGUCGAGGCGGAUAGUGACGGCUACUGGUGUGCAUCGCAUGCAAGGGUACGCAGAGUGCUACAUGGAGACGUUUGCCCACUGGUUAAAGAGCCAAGGGGGAUGGGAGAGUGUGGUAGAUAUGAAGGAUCCUGUGGAAUACGACUGAAGAGAAGUGUUUCCCUUUUUUUUUUAUUUUACUGAAGAUGACUGUGCCAUGGAGUGUCUUGAAGAAGUCUCAUUACAUCAUUUUAUCCAUCUAAGUUAUUGCUUUUUACUGUCAACAUUUACUCCACAACUUGGUUUUAUUGUUGAAUGAGACUGAAAAUGUUUGAGGAAUUAUGGAAUUACAUAAGUCGCUGAUGGUGUGUUGGCACACUCACCUGACUUAUGUGCGGGCAGCGUAGGAUUGGUUUCCGCUCAAUGACGGAGUGUAUGGUUGUUCGUCCCAACAUGUGCCCUGUGGCUGACUGCCGACCAGUUCAGGGGUUAUUCCGCCUUUCCUCCAAAGUCAGCUGGGAUAGGCUCCAGCAAUUCCCGUGACGCUCUUCAGGAUAAUCGGUGUUGAAAAUGGAUGGAUGGUAUUACAUAUGUUCCUGCUGACAACCGACAGUGAAUGACUGUUUAAAUUCAAAGGCCGUUCUGGAACCUGGAAAGGAAAAGUGCCAAUAAGUUACAGGAUCUAAUGCGGUGGUCGGCAACACGCGGGUCUUUAGCGACAUUUAAUGGCUCCCUGGGCCUUUAUAAAAAAUGUUUGAAAAUUGAAAAAGAUUUUGAUUGUUGGCUAAUAUAGCUCAAAUAGAUAUACAGUAGACACAUGUUGCGGCUCAGAAAACGGAGAGCUGUGGUGUUGGUUUUUUUUAAAAACGUACACUUUAUUUAUGCUUUUAACAGUUUCGACAAACACAGUCACGUCUGCGUUUGACUCCGUGCCUUCUCUCUUCUCGUUCAACUCGAGAGGCGUUCAAAGACAGCCACUGAAAAACGGGAAUUCAUGAUGACUUCACUGACACUAAGAAAAGUGAAAAAAAUGCGCCAAAAUGAAAAAUCAAGAGAGGAAAUCACAAAAUAAAUUGUAUGGGGGUGUUUGUGAACACACAACAAAGGAAUGAAUAACAUUAACAAUUCUGAGACAGUCCAGUCUCCUACAUACAUACAGCAUGUGUUAAGAUAAAGAAAACCUUUAUUAGUCUCGCAAUGGAGAAAUUCCAGAUUCACAGCAGCAAAGUUAUGAAAGGAAGAAGUAGAACAACAAAAAAUAGGAGCUGCUGGAAAGGCAGCCACUCUCGCGGCGCCAUUUUGAAGUCAAAAUAACAAAAAUAACACAAGACAACACAUAGGACAGAGACAGUCGUGCAAUCUUCACCACAUUUCUGCAUACACUUUGUUGUCUGAAGCAGUUAUAGAUUAAAGAGGAGAGGAUCAAAGUGUCCUUUCACCAGUGGAUCAGAGACAUCAUGCUGAAAAUGUGCACACGUCUGCUACAAGCAAAGUUUUGAAAGCAAACACGAAGCUGUAGCGUCCAUUGACGAAAAGAGAUUAGUUCACUUCUCCUGUCCCACAUAAUCCGCUUCAAACUCCAAGCCGCGACUCCCAGCUCCAAAUCCGCAUUGGCACUCCGCGCCAACGCUCCUUUCUUCUCAUCGUCGGCUCCUCAAGACCUCCAUCCAUCCAGCCGCAGACCGUUCAACAGCACCGAUCUCUCCGCUGAACAAAGCGGGGCUGUGAAAAAUGCUGCCCAUUACAGGCGCAAGACACAAGCGCCCCGUGACUUGUGUUUCCUUCAGCUACGUUUUAUAGAAGGCUUUUCUUUUUGUCCUAUAUUGCUCUUUCAACAUUUUGGGUUGCCGACCCAGGAUCUAAUGAAACUACAUUUUUUGGGCGGGCAUCAAGUGUUGAGUGAGUUUUCUUUUGAUGAUGCGCACAAACUAUUUGCAACUGCUUUAUUUAACCGUAACACCUUCAUGAAGAGCAAAAUGCUGAAUACUACCUCCAUCGAGUGUGUGACUAUUUAAAGAUGCGAGCUAAGCAAAAGUUUACGGUUGACUCUGUUCCCAUCUGUACAAACACUCAGGCAAUUAAUGUUUUUUUUUUUUAUGUAGCUUCAAUGGAUGUUUUCAGAACAUCAAACCCUUGUAUGUAUUGAAUCAUGCAUCGCUGUGCACCAAAGUUUUUCUAUUGUAUAGGAUUAGUUUUGAAAAUGUUAAUAUGUGAAAUAAGUUAAUCAAUGUCUAUCUUUGGCUCCUCUGGGAUCAGAGGAUUUUAUUGUUACGUUGUUACUUUGAAUAUUUGUGGGUAGAAUUUUCCACAUACAACAAAUUCUGUUGUCCACUACAAAUGGGAAGUUCUCUGAAAUGAAUACUGGAUGUGGUUACUGUGUUUAUAUUUGCAAUAUUGCAAAAGGGGGGGGGGG